AUGUUCCUAAACCUCUCUGACCACAGGCUCACACUGAGAAGAGGAAAAGGAGGCACAAGUAAUGGAGGAACAACAGCUUUUUGUAAUUUCUCCCGAUGGAGAUGGAGAACUGACCUUGAUGGAUACAGAAGGUGGCAUUUUGGUGGAGCAAGGGACCUAUUCCUUUACCAUACCUUCAGGUGGUCAGCAACAGCAGCAACAGCCACAGCAGCCGCAGCAGCAAGUAGUCUAUGCUCAGCCACAGCAGGUUGUGUAUACAACACCACAGCAGCGAGUGGUAUACUCACAACAGCAGCAGCAGCAGGUGUACCAGGUUGCGCCAACACAUUCUCAGCAGGUUCUCAUACAGCAACAGCAGAUAGCACAACAGCAGCAGCAGCAGCAACAGCAACAACAGCAAUUGCUACAACAGCAGCAGCAGCAACAACAGGUUCAGCACCAUUACAUUACACAACAAGGCCAAAGGGUUAUCAGCAGAACACAGUAUGUUGCUCCAGAGCAGUUAAGACUCCAGCAGCAACAGCAGCAACAGGUACAGGUACAGCAACAGCAAGUACAAGUUCAGCAGCAGCAGCAAGUACAGGUGCAACAGCAGCACAACAGCAACAGGUGCAGGUUCAACAACAGCAAAUGGCUCUGCAGACUCAGCCUCAGAUAGUCCAGACUGGGACAGUUGGAACGGGUCAGCUGCAGCACCAACUUGUGCAACCACAACAGCUCCUCCAGUCAGCCCAACAACCCUCCCAGGUCACCUACCUGGAGCAGGAGCAUUAUCUAAAACAACUGGAGAACAAGAUAACCACUCAGCAGAAGGGUGUUGGACGAGGCAAGGUAAUCAGGCCCUCUGCAGAAAAACGCAAGAUGCUCUCACAGCAACUUGGGAACCCACAACAACAACAACAACAACAGCAACAGAAACAGCAGGUGACAUGCCUAGCUUAGAAUGAGUCAGUGUGAGAAGGCCCCAACUUAGGGUUAUCUCUGGUGGUUUUAGCAUUUGUGUGCUUGUUGAUCACACCACAGCAAAAAGCUUUAAAAACUGCUCUGAUGGCCUAUAUUCUUCAAAUAUUUUAUGUAAUAUGUUACUCUAUGAGAGAUCAUGUUGGUUUAUUAGGGACACUAGCUCUUGCAUACAAAAUUUGGGGUGAGAGAGAAAACUUUGCUGUGUAGGGUUCCCUUUCAAACAAUGUUAACCAAAAGUCAAGUAAAAAAAUGUUUGUUAAAGUUAGAAAGUUUUGCAUAUUUAGUCAAGCUUUUUAAUGCUUUAGUGACAAAAUCAGAUCUGAAUUGAUGUCACAUGCCUAUUCUAAGUCUGUUAUCAAGUUUUCAAAUUUAGUUUUAUUAUAGUCUUUUGAAAAUGGUCAUUAUCCUUUCAUGGAACAAAAUAAUUAUUUCAUUCUGUAUUACAAAAAAUAAAGAAAAUCUUUGAACAGUUAGUACAGCAUGGUGUGCUUUAGAGGCUUGGCUAAUUGCACUGCAUUAGUCCUUAGAUCUUGUGCAUUCGUUCCCCCUUUUUGUUGGUGUUGGGAUGAUACUUAAAUAGUGGAAAGGGCUUAGUAAAAACAAGAAAAAAAGAAACUGGGACUGAUCCUGAUUUAUUGAUCUGAGAAUGGGGGAUUGUUUUGGCUUCUUGGCUUAUGUUUACUUCCAAGUAUGUCUUUCAUAUCAAGAGACAGAAUAAUUGCAGUUAG